ACCAUUCGAAAUUCGAACAGUUGCCACAGUUGGGUCAGUUGAGUUGACCAGUGACCAAUAAGUGUGUAAAGUGAACGCGCGUGAAAUUAAAUUCAAGAUGAACACGGACGCCAAAAGUCAUUUCAUAACACUUUUUCUGAUUUCCAACUCUUGUAAUGGGUUUGGCUUUGGCCUCUUCCUAUUCUCCUUCGGUGUUGGAAGCGGAGUCGUCGUGGGCAUGGCCGAAGGGUUUGUAUGGUGCAUAGCGAUAGGUGCCGCAAUUAUCUGUCUGUCUGUGGUCGGCUACAGUGGAGCUAUUACACAGCACAAGAAAAGACUCAACUGUUACGCAUCAGGAAUGGCAAUUCUGACGGCGGCUGAGAUAGUGCACUUGGUGGUGUUGAGCACGAGCACACCCUUUCAGGGUCGCGAACGUGGUCACGAAGACCUCUUGUUGUGGGCCUAUUUUGUAACGAUGAUCUUCAUUAUCGUCAUAUCGAUUGUGUCAAUGCUGUUGGCGUGGACCAUGUUCUAUCGGCUCGGCCAUACCCGUGCGAUAACCGCGUUCGCUGACAAAAACGGUCAGCAACAUUUGCAAGCGUAGAACAUUCACGUCACCACGACCCACACAUAUUUUUUAUUGUAGGUAUUAUGAGUUAUUUUAAGGUUUGUUUUGUAGGUUUUAAGUAUGUUUAUGUACCUAAGUACUAGAACUAACUUAUGCCUUUUUCAUUUAAUCGAUUUGCGAGUUUAUUUAUAUAGGUACUUCUUUGUAAUUGUAACUGCAUGCAUUAGUAACUUUUUUAAAUUCGUACAUUACGUACCUAUGUAAAAUUAUAUUUUUUAAGUUUUAUCUCUCAUAAAAAAAUGUACCCUUCAUUUUAUUCAUAUUAAAGUUCAUUU